GUUGAAGUCAACAAUUCUUGAGUGGACAAGUCAGAGCCGUCCGAUUCAGCCGGAGAAGGAUCCUCAGAAGAGUACACCUGCUGCUAUUUUUCCUCCCUCUCUCUCCCCUUACUUGGCCUAUUUUUCUUAAUUUUCCUUUCAUGCAUGAAUUUUUCCUCCCAAUAAUAGCAAACUUGAAAGUCAAAUUCUCUCUUUUUUUUGUUUUUUUCCCCCUCUUCUCUGCAUUGUAAGCAACAAACCCAGAUUCAGACAUCCACAUUUUUCAAAAACUUCUAUAUAUAUAUACACAUAUAUACUGUUUGACUACAUUAUACAACAAAAGAAGCUAAAGUGUGUCUGGUUAGAGAGAGCUCAGCUAGCUACUUCACAACCAAAUCUCCUUCACUUUUGGUACAUCAGAUCUUGCUCUUACUGAAGAGUUCUGUGAAUUCUGGGAUGGGUUGUCGUCCAAAUUUUCCACAAAGCAAGAUCAACCAUGAUUUUGACUCAAUGGAUUCAAGCUUUUGUCUCAAUACUCUGAUCUGGUCUACUGUUUCAUUAGCAUUAAUUUGAGAUCAGGAAUUGAAGCGUCGUUUCAUUGUCUGAUCUGUGGUUUAAAUUCUUGAUUGUGAUCUCAAUUUUGAUGGGUGAAGAUCAAGAAUUCAGACAUGUAUGCAAGUUCUGCAGCAAGAGCUUUCAAUGUGGUAGAUCCUUGGGAGGUCACAUGAGGUCUCACAUCAUUAACGACACCGAUGGCAAGCUCAACACAGAUCAUGAAUCCACUGGUUAUGGCCUCAGAGAGAAUCCCAGGAAGACUUGGAGGUUCACAGAUCAUUCAACUGACGACCUUGACAAGUUCUGCACAGAGUGUGGCAAAAGCUUCCAGUCUUGGAAAGCUUUGUGUGGUCACAUGAAGUUUCACUCUUCAGAGAAACACAAAACAUCUGAUACUAAUAGCUUUCAGGACACUAAGGUGCUCUUAGACAGCACAUCAGACGCUGAAGCCAUGAUUUCGAAUCGAAGAUCGAAAAGAAUUACAAAGUAUUGUAUGAUGGCAACUGCAGAUUCUUCAUUGUCUUUUACUAAUGCUUCCUCUUCUGAUACUGAGAUUGAGCAAGAACAGGAAGAGGUUGCUAUGUGCUUGAUCAUGCUAUCUAAGGAUGCGCGUAACUGGGUUGCUUAUUCUUCUGACAAUAAUUCUGUUUCUCUGGAUGCUCCUUCCAAUCAAACUGGUAAAAAUGCUAGUGAGAUUGUGAAACCUGAAGAAUGUGAAGAAACUAGACCAGAUCAAGCUAGUUACGAUCCAAGCAAGAGAAAGUUUAGCAAAUGUUUCGAUCCUGAUUCAUCGAAGAGAUUCAUGAUCAAUGGUUCUGAAUCUAAACUCUUCAGUAGCUCUAAUAAGAGAAGCAGAUUUGAGUGUACUUGUUGCAACAAGACAUUCCACUCUUACCAAGCUCUAGGAGGUCACAGAGCCAGCCAUAAAAAGAUCAAAGGCUGCUUUGCAUCUACAAUAAACAGCAGUGACAGCAGCACUGAAACUGCUGACAGAAGUUCUGUCGAGCAUUUCAUCGAACACUGUGACAACAAGACCAAGAGAAGUGUUGCAGCAAAGAAGAGCAGCGAAGAGCAUGAAUGCUCAAUUUGUCUCAAGGUUUUCUCUUCUGGGCAGGCAUUGGGUGGUCACAAGAGGUCGCAUUUAGUACAUCAACACCCACCUCCAAAGAUUGGAAAUUUUAUUGAUCUAAAUUUUCCUGCUGGUCUUGUUGAAGAAGAGAACAAUGAGGAGCAUGUAGAGUAUAAGCCAUGGGAUUGGAACCAUCCAUGCUUGAAGCCCUAAUAAUCUCUAAUCCAUGCGUCAUUCAUUCUUUUUUUUU